CAUCCAGGCGACAAGGGCUGGAGUCCCUGUUCCUAGCACCGCACAUUCUAUACAGGGAUGUGCAGGGAGAUGAAUCCUGCCAUUCCCCACCACUCUGCUCCUGUGUCCACCAGCCCCCUCCCUGAGGGGCUAUGGGAAAGCUAAAAUAGAAAAAUAAAGAACAAAGUUACAAGGAGUUGGAGGCCUCUGAGGUUUAAUGGGGACUUUCCAGCAUUCCAGACUGCUGCCUGCAUUGAAGCUCUGAGUCACCGUCUUUGGGUUUAGGGCACUGGCAACAAUGCAGAACCCCAGGCCAGCCAGCCUCCUUGUCCUUCCCUCUAAGCAGAAGCCCACGAGGAGUCUGGCCUGAAAUCAGAGCAAGCACUAGAGAAGGAUUUCUUUGUUCAUGGAAAGAGUCAAGGCAAAGAGGGUUUCCAACAAAUUGCAACAGUCUUUCCACCAUUCUAAAGAGCCCACCUUCCUUAUCAACCAAGCAGCUGUAGCCAGCGACUCCCUUUCCAGCCUUGUGCCAGAAGCAGAGUGUGUCAGUUCUGCUGAACAAAUAAAAACAACCCCUCAGAAAAACAGACCCGGAACAGUGACCCUCUCAAGACGUCCCAGUAGGAGGAAGAUGUCUGCAAGCCAGCCCAGCCCCCCUGUGAUCCCAUCCCGCAGGCCUGGAUUCCGUAUCUGCUAUAUCUGUGGCCGGGAAUUUGGGUCCCUCUCGCUGGCCAUUCAUGAGCCACAGUGCUUGGAAAAGUGGCGCAUUGAGAACAGCAAGUUACCCAAGCACCUGAGGAGGCCAGAACCCUCCAAACCACAGCCUCUCAGCGGCAGCGGGUCCUACAACCUCCAAGUGGCAAAUGAGGCUGCGUUCCAGAGUUCCCAGGCUCAGCUGCUGCCCUGUGACCGCUGUGGCCGCACAUUCUUGCCAGAUCGCCUGCUUGUCCAUCAGAGAAGUUGUAAGCCAAAGGGUGAGGGCCCCAGAGCCCCGAACCCCAACAGUCCUGAUGAUUUUACUGGUCUCAAGAAAGCUGCUAGUGGCAUCCCGGCCCGACCAAGGACUCUCGUCUGCUACAUUUGUGGUAGGGAAUUUGGCACCUUGUCCCUUCCCAUUCAUGAGCCCAAAUGCCUGGAGAAAUGGAAAAUCGAAAACGAUCGGCUCCCCCGAGAGCUCCGCCGGCCCCUCCCACAGAAGCCCCAGCCCCUUCCAGCUGGACAGUCCAACCAAGAGUGGCCAAGUCAAGCUCAGCUGGUGCCCUGCCCAAAUUGUAGCCGGACCUUUGCCCCCGACCGCCUUCUGGUACACCAGAGAAGCUGCAAAGCUCAAUCGAGUGGGCCACAAGUUCAGAAUUUGACCUUAGGGAAUAUAGGUGCCCCCAAAGAAUCCACUGAUUCCAAACAGCAGAGGAAAUCGGACAAAAGGGCUGUGAGUGAUAAGCCAACCAUGAUAAGGCGUCCACCAACAAUUGUUUGCUACAUUUGUGGUCGUGAAUAUGGAACAAAAUCUAUUGGCAUCCAUGAGCCACAAUGCCUGAAAAAAUGGCAUAAUGAAAACAACUUGUUGCCUAAAGAGCUAAGGAGACCAGAACCAAAAAAACCACAAAUCAGGACCAUCACUGCUAAAGGGUUCUAUGAUCUUGAAGCCUUAAAUGAAGCUGCUUGGACAAGUGCCCAGAGCCAGCUGGUUCCCUGUAAUAAUUGUGGGCGUACCUUCCUGCCAGACAGACUGAUUGUUCACCAACGAUCCUGUAAACCAAAAGUCGCCAAGUAAAGCCCUUUCUCCCUACAGCAGCAUUACAGGAAUUAAGUCUUUUUGUAAGAGAUUGGGAUAUGGCAGAGAGGAGAAAAAGUAGGUGAGGUGAAUGAAGCAAUAGGGAAAACUGGAAUUGAACGAAGGCAGGCUAGCAGGGAAGCCAGAUGUGAGAAGAAUUGUGAGGCAACAGGGAGCUGACGUCUGCACACAGACUGACAGCCCCAGAAAGCCCUGGACACAGGUGAGAACAUACCAAGCAGCAGUGAGGAGCACAGGCAGCACCACGGCUAAGGCAGGGGCAUACUCACAGCCAUCCCUACGGUCCUCUGAAGAUAACGUGGGUUUAUGAGUAAACUUGAUCCAAGAAAACAUCACUGAACAACACAAGAUGACAUGGAACUGUGCGAGCCUGGUAUCCAGGCUCUAACUCCUGCAGCCAAAGCAGAUGGAAAAAUCUGACACUGCUAGGAAGCUUUAUCCUAAUUGACACGUUAGGAAGUUCUUUGGCAUAAGCACUUCUGCCGCAAGCGUUGGUUUUUUUGGUUUUUUUUUUUUUUUUUUUUUUGCUGCAUAGCUAAUGGGCUGUAAGGCAGUUUUGCUGUGGAAGAUAAAA